CCCCAUAUCCAUGGUGUUCACCAGGAUCCUGGAUUAGAUUGGGCUUGUUGCUAAUAGUAUGGUGGUAUUUCCAUUGUAGUAUACCUACUCGUACUAGCAGCCUUCUUACUACCUUGGUAAAUCAACAAUUCUCUUGACUUUGAGUAACUAACUCACACGGAGUACAGAGCGAGCUCAUUUUAUCAUUCUAGCACCAGCACACCCCUUCUCAUCUCACCUCGUACCGCGCUACAUCCACAUUUGCCUUAGACUUCACGAGUUACAAUGUCCCACCUAGUUUGAAAAAUAAGGGCAGCCGCACCAGACACUCACGCAAGAAACCUUCUCUCUCUCUUCUUUUCCUUCUCUUGUUCCUCGAGUUCUAGAUUCUGGACCAGCCAGACCUUCUUCCAAUCUUGAAAUCUUCCCGUUCUAGAUUGUGCGUCCCUUCAUUAUUAUACUUGUAAGUCGUUAUCCGAUACAGCGAUACCCAUACCCGUACCCCAUACUGGGAAACAUGAUUGAUUAUCAUCUUAUCAUGAUUAAAUCUCGUUUCUCGUUUCUCGUUUCUCGAAUCUCCAAUUCCCCAAUAAUCCCUACGGGAUUUUCCAAAUGACUUCCCGUUAACCGUGUGUUCGUUGUUCCCAGGGCCUAUCGAUCUUCCUACAGUUAAGGCAACUUCUUUUUUUCGACCGAAGACAGGACGGCCCGUGCAUCUGCAAAAGGUCAUUUGUACUACCAAGUACUUUUCGAAUCAUCGUCCCUUUUUUCCCUCGCGUCCCAUCCAUAUAGAGGUUUGUCCUCGACAUUUUCGUCGACAAUUCAGGUCACUUUGGGGGGAGGGAAUAAUAUCUUCAAAUAUCACUGUCAUCGGACAGGUUUCCGCGCGACACGAUGGAGAAAGGUGGAGAUAUGGCUGGUCCUUCUGCCAAUAAUUCGAGCGACUUUGUAAGUACUACUACUACUCCUCUAUCCCUUAUCGCGACUUGAUGGCGCAUAAUCAAAAAUACCUUCAAUCGCUAACAUGUUCUCACAGGUUCGCAAAUUAUACAAGUGAGAAAAUACCCCUUCAGGUGUCCCGAUUGGACAAUUGUUUUAUGCGACACGCCGCUGAUCUGCCAACCCUUUAGAAUGCUCGAAGAUCCAUCGUAUGAAAGUAUAGUACGGUGGGGUGAAGGAGGAGAGAGUUUUGUGGUUCUUGAAGUAUGUCUUCAGAUUGGAAAUUAGAUGUAAUCCAUCGUUAACAUCAAUGAUAGAACGAGAAGUUUACCAAACAAAUCCUCCCGAAGCACUUCAAACAUAGCAACUUUGCUAGUUUUGUCAGACAACUCAACAAAUAUGAUUUCCACAAGGUCCGACAAAAUAAUGAAGACAAUACGGCAUCUCCAUAUGGGCAAAAUGUUCGUGGUAUUUUUCCAGAUGUACAAGAAAACAUACUAAUUGACUUUUAGGCUUGGGAAUUCAAACAUCCCGAAUUUCAAGCGAAUAAAAAGGAUUCACUAGAUAAUAUCAGACGAAAGGCACCAGCUCCAAGGAAGGCUGCUCCAAGUAAUGAAGAGCCAUAUCCAGCCCAUGCUCAACAGCAAAUGGACCUCCUUGGUAACCAACUCGCGGCCACGCAACAGCAAUUGCAAGGUCUAUCUCGCAAUUACCAAGAUCUAGCACAGCUUAAUGUAAUGUUAUUGCAACAAGUUGUUGACUCCCAAAAGUUUAUCAAAAACCACGAGGGAGUUAUGCGUGGCUUGGUUGGACAUCUAUUCAAUCAGGAGACACAACGACGAAACGGUCGGCCUGGGGGACUUUCGAAUGGUGCUGGGCCCAACAUGCUGGGUCGACAAACAGAGGACGAUCAUCCAUCGACUCCAUUACUUCAAGCUCAAAACCUUCUAGGACAACUAUCUGCUGAAAAUUAUCCAAGUAAGGAACUGGAACAAAUGAGUCAUGAUUAUCAUCUACGAACAGAUUACUCAACUCCCCCGAACGAUCCAGGAGGACUUGUUUCAAUGCCCACAAUUUCUGAGUCGGUAACUGCCCCAGCGGCCUAUUCUAUGGACAAGUCAGAACUAGAUAAUCUGGUUUAUCCCGUUGGUGCUAUAGUUGGCAUUGACCCAAUUGAUCAACAGCAUGUCAACAAUAUCCCAUAUGCACUUCCACCUUCGGGCUUAAUACCGCGGGACAGCAUUCCUCCAGCCGAACUAAUGCCCCAGCCUUCACGUACACCCGGUCCACGUAAGAAGGGUUCGGUGUCGAUAUGGGGCGAUCGGAAGCCUAGGAUUUUACUGGUUGAGGAUGAUCAGGUGUGCGCACGAAUUGGAACAAAAUUCCUACAAUCUUUUGAGUGUGGUGUUGAUAUUGCUGUAAGUCCCUAUGCCCCCUCUAGUGAAAGUUAAUUGUGCAUCUUGAGCUUACACUCUCGACAGCGUGAUGGACUCGAGGCAGUAAGCAAAAUUAAUCUCGGUGAGGAGAACCAUUUUGAUCUCAUUUUGAUGGAUAUUAUUAUGCCUCACCUUGAUGGUGUUUCUGCAACUGUCUGCAUACGAGAAAUGCGUGCAAAUCUUCCUAUCAUUGCAAUGACAUCCAAUAUUCGAACUGAUGACAUUGAGAUGUACUUCCGUUAUGGUAAGAUUGUAUUACACAGGCACUUACUUUUUGCAAAUAUUGACUUAAGUAGGUAUGAACGACGUCUUACCCAAGCCUUUUACGAAAGAGGGUAUGAUGAAAGCGCUUGAGAAACACUUGGGUCAUUUCAAAAAGAAAGCACCUACUCUUGGCUUCUCAAGCCCCGGACAAAUGUCACAUCCGGGAGCCUUUGUCACACCAAGUCAAUCGCAUCCUCCAUUAGGUCUAAACAUGGGACAAUUGAGCGCGGCCCAAUCGAUAGUAGAUGAUUCAGCUUCUGGAAAGUCACCUCAAACUGCUACAUCUUGGCAGUCACCUAUCCAAUUACCGGGAGGAUCUCCUGUUGUAACCUCUGCUCCAAAUAGUUAUAUGCAACCUACCAUGCAUUCCACUAAUGGCAUGAGAGACCCAUCUUAUUCGGUGACCCCAACCCACCCUCACCCUCAAUCUGGUUUUCCUCCUCCUCUUUCGGGUCUAGGUAACCAGAGACCUCCACAUAGGAGAGGUAUAUCCGAUAUGAGUGGUUCCAGUACACCAGAUGGUAAUGCAGAUCAAAAACGCCAAAGAAUGUAUGCUCCGUCUGGGAACUACCAGCAAUGAUGGAACAAACCUCUAAGUCACCAACUAUCUUCCACGAUGUCGAGGCAAUAGCUCUAGAGAAGUCGACAAUCUUGAUCAGUCCUAAAUAACUCAAGCUUCAAGAUCGUUCAACUGAAGAUAUCCUCGACUUGCCUCUUUCAGUGCUGCAUUAUAUUACUCGGUGUCCUAGUCCGACGAAUCAAAUUCCAAACACUCUGCACUCUGCCGCUAUCAACCUCAUUUUAUCUUUAAUUUGUAUAUUUUUUCUGUCACAUGUUUAGACUUGGAUGUCUAAUCGCUACUGGACAAGCGUCUUCUUGGACAUCAAAAGCUCAGAUGUUAGCUUCUUUUAUAGUUCUUCCUCGUAUAGGAUGGUUUGCGGGGAUGAUACCCCAGCGAUCCAUGAAGGUAUCUCGGUGUUAAAUGAUAGAGUAAGUGGAUGCGAAUCAUGGCAUGGAUUGAUCUGGGGCGGGGCGCAUAUAUGGACAAAGGGACGGCCGGGAAUUAUGAAGGUUGACAGAUGUCUGAUUCAAUGUUCAGACGAUCUGGAAUCCAGCUUGGAGUUGGGCUUGGCGAAAAUGAAAAGGUGGUAAAAGGAAAAGUAGUUGAGCCAUUGAGCUAGGAUUGUAAGGAUUGAUAUCCAUUCAAACAAGAGGUAGAGAAAAAAAUUGAAAAUUUGAACAGUCAAAUUGGAACUU